AUGUUCAAUAUAGCUACUUUUAACAAAUCCAGCAUAAGCAUUCUUUCAAAGAAUUCAAGGCGAUUUCAAUCAUCAGUUACCUUUUUAAAUAAUCAGACUUUACAACAACAGCAGAAGAAUCAAUCGAAGAGUUCGAAAAAGAAACACAACCAACAACAGCAGCAUAAGGAGAAACUAUCAUUAUACCAUACAAAUGCUAAAAAGAAUAUAGAUACAUCAACAAACAACAAGAGCUCAUUAGUAAAUCUACAAAGAAAAAAAGUGUUGAAUUUUUCCAGAUUGCCCAAAAUAACACCACCAUCCAAUUUAAGACAUCAAGAUAUCUCGAUGAAAUUACUUUAUUCAGGUUAUAGACCAUUAUUCAUUCCAAAUGGAUCAUUCCAACAAGGACAAAAAAAUAAUGGAUCUACUUUAUACGAAUUUGCUAUGAAAUUAGAUGAAUUUAAAAAAGAUAAGAAUAGUACGAUUUGGGACACCUCAGCCACAGGUGUCGAAACUUUUACUGAAUGGGAUAAUGUUCCUGAGUCAGUAAUAAGGAAUUUGAAACCAUUCCAAAAACCAACGAGUCCUUCUCAUAUGACGACAACGACGACGUCGUUAGAUGAGAAGUUGGAAGUGGAUGGUUCUUUAAAGAAGGAAUUUAAAAAGUUACAAGUGGAAGUUUUCUUGAAAAAAAUGACUGAUAUUUUGAAAAGGAAAAGUAAAGGAAGGAAGAAACCAAUUGUUAGUUUGUUACAAUUAAAGGCAAAAUUACAAAAUGAAGGUAAUGAUGAUUAA